AUGUCUGCAUACUUAUAUAUCGCCCUUGCACAAGAUGAGAGAAUACGGAAACAAAAAACUGCUGAAACUAAAAGCAGAAUGAAUGGUGGGGAUUUGUUUAUGACUACAUCUGCAUUACCGUCAAGAUCGUUGAGAUCAAGAUCUUCAUCAUUUACUACUACGACUACUACUGCAAAUUCCAUCCAUUCCGACUCAAACAAGUCAAGAUUGAGUCGUACUACGAGCAGAUCAACUACUGAUAGUGGUGGAACAACGUUUCUGAGCAAGUCGGGCAGUACCCUCAAACAAACACAAACACAACCAAAUGUAUUGAUUCGUGAUGGUAAGAAAUGGGUCUAUGAUACAACAUUGCAGAAAUAUGUAGCAAUGGAAAAAACCCCAUAUCAAGAGGCAAAGUUAGAAUAUCUUCACAACAUUUCGAAAAUUUCAUCAAUGGGUAGUCAUGAGUUCAAUUCACAUUUGAAUCAAUCAGUAGUUCAAGAUUUGUUUAAUUUGGAAAUGUUGAGAUAUAGCUAUUUUGAAGGAUUUGAAUACGACGGGAAUAAAGCUGUUGGUGAUGAUAUAAUAACGGCAUCUACGUCUCCAAGCAAGCAAGCGGUAAGGAGACCAAGAAGUAAUUCCGUUAUCUCAUCUAUUGGAUUAGCUACAACGUCAUCUACAGUACAAGAGGAAGAAGAAGAAACUAACUUUACCGGUGACUCAAUGCAUAAUAAACACUCCAGUCACAACAACAUGAGAUCACUACUAAAGAGUGAUCAAUUUUGGAAUACUUGUUAUCAAGAUUUGAGAUUUGAAAGUAUGGCUGAGGCCAAUGACAUUUAUGAUCAACUUCCAUCAAUGCAUGCCACAAUGACGUUCUAUAUCGAGUUCAUUGACUAUGUACUUAUUAAUUUACACAUCCUCAAGCCAAGUUUAGAUGGGAUUAACGAUUCAAUUGAGUAUAAUCAAUUGGCUAAACAAUACUACUUAUAUUUCAACAAGCACAAUGUUGACCACUUGUAUCGAUUAAAAAUGGGAUUCGGAGGCAGAAGGGUUAAUGAUAAAGUAAUUGAGACUAUAAUUGCCAAUUUUGAUGCCGUGAAAAAGAUGUAUCGAUUAGAUACACAUUUAGUAUCAAUUUGGAAACGCUUUCUACAGCUUGUUGCGGAGAUGAUGACUAAUCUAUCCAAACCAUUACCACCGGUGGAUUUCACUCAACAACCAAUUCCACCAUUUGCAAAGAAGGCACAACAACAAUCAAGACAAACACUGGUGGAUUCUCGUUCUUCUUCACUAAUGUCACAAAUGAGCAAACGCGAAGGAUCAGUUUGGACUGUGGAUACAGUUGUAUCUUCAAUUGAUGAAAUUGAAUCAAGAAGUACAAAUGGAUCUACUCGACUUGCGCCUUUGUCAGAGACCCAUAACAAUAGAGCAAAGUUGAAAGUCACUCCAAGCAAAAGUGAUGUCAUGGAGAAGACAAAGAAGAAGAAGUCGUUUUUUGAUAAGUUUAGGGGGAAGUAA